AGUUCAGCUCCAGCCAACUCAGUCAGUUGGUUAGUUUAAGAGCAAAGCGAAUCGUUCAACAACAAAAUUCACAACGCACGCCAAUUUUUCACACUGUGUAAAAUCGAAAGCGAGAAAAAAAGCUGCAUAAAUUGAAUUUAAAAUUGUGUAUUUCAUAUAAUUGCACUGAAAAUUAAACGCCAUUUCUAAGCGAAAACAACAAAAGUGUGUGAAAAAUCGAAACAUUUUCUUCGGCAAUUUUGUAAACAAACCUUGCACAAUAUUCAGCCGUUGGCCGCCCGAAAGCAAAUUGGUGUAUUGGUUGAUUUAGUUAAGAUUUUGUUUGACUUCUGCCCCCAACGUAUUCGGCCAUUGAUUUGGCCGAUAUCAAACGACCUUCAAAACGUUUUGCGUCGAGGCAAUACGCACCAUGGGCUGCGCACAGUCUGCCGAGGAGCGAGCCGCAGCCGCCAGGAGUCGCCUGAUCGAGCGUAAUCUCAAAGAGGAUGGCAUACAGGCCGCGAAGGAGAUUAAGCUGCUCCUCUUGGGGGCCGGUGAAUCGGGCAAAAGCACAAUAGUCAAACAAAUGAAAAUCAUUCACGAAAGCGGGUUUACUGCGGAGGACUUUAAACAAUAUCGACCGGUUGUCUACAGCAACACAAUACAAUCAUUAGUUGCAAUAUUGCGAGCCAUGCCAAUUCUUAGUAUUCAGUAUAGCAAUAAUGAACGGGAGAGUGAUGCGAAAAUGGUGUUCGAUGUGUGCCAACGCAUGCACGACACCGAACCCUUCUCAGAGGAGCUGCUGGCCGCCAUGAAGCGGCUCUGGCUCGAUGCCGGCGUUCAGGAAUGCUUCUCGCGCAGCAACGAAUAUCAAUUGAAUGAUUCCGCUAAAUAUUUCCUGGAUGAUUUGGAUCGGUUAGGCGCCAAGGACUACCAGCCAACCGAACAGGAUAUCUUGCGCACCCGAGUCAAGACCACCGGCAUUGUGGAGGUUCAUUUCUCCUUCAAAAAUCUAAACUUCAAAUUGUUUGAUGUGGGCGGCCAGCGGUCGGAGCGUAAGAAAUGGAUACAUUGCUUUGAAGAUGUGACAGCGAUUAUAUUCUGCGUGGCCAUGUCUGAAUACGAUCAAGUCUUGCAUGAAGACGAAACUACGAACCGCAUGCAAGAGUCCCUGAAACUGUUUGAUUCCAUUUGCAAUAACAAAUGGUUUACGGAUACCUCGAUUAUUCUGUUCCUGAACAAAAAGGAUUUGUUCGAGGAGAAGAUACGCAAGAGUCCGCUCACAAUUUGCUUUCCCGAAUACACAGGCGGCCAGGAGUAUGGUGAGGCGGCUGCCUACAUUCAGGCUCAAUUCGAAGCGAAAAACAAAUCAACCUCGAAAGAAAUCUACUGCCACAUGACGUGCGCCACAGACACCAACAACAUUCAGUUUGUAUUCGAUGCUGUCACCGAUGUCAUCAUUGCAAACAAUCUGCGCGGCUGUGGCCUGUACUAAGACGUGAUGACUGGGCUAAACGGGAACCGUUACGGUAUUACAAAAAACAAAAAUAAAACAAACAAACAAACAAAAAAAAAAAAGAAAGAAAGAAAGAAAGAAAAGCAAACAACAAAAAAAAAAAAACAAAAACAAAAACAAAAAAAGAGCGCGGGAGCACAACAACCCACCAGCAUUGAUCAAAAAGCAAAUGAUGAUAGAACCAACAACAAAACAUAAAAUACACACACAAACACACACGCACACCACGC